AUGACCGAGAAAAUGGGACGUGGCAUAGUCGCCGCCAAAGAUAUACCCGUCGGCACGCUCUUGAUGGCGUCGAGAGGUGUCGGUGUCUACCAAGACGAGGUCGGCAACAAAGAGACUGGAUUUGUCAUCAACUACAAGGACCAUGUGGCAUUUGACCACGGUUCAGUCAAGAUGGUGGCACUUACCAACCAAGAUAUUAAAAAUACACCAGUCAUCUCCAAGAAAUUGGCAGCUCUCUAUUAUGGCGAGCAUGAUGCAGCUGACUUGUCCAACUUUUCAGUGACAGAGGCUGAUUUGGACAACCCACCUCCCUUGCUCUCAGCCGAUCGUAUUCGAAGUAUAGUCAAAUUCAACUCCUUUUCUGAUGAUGGCUCACCCAAGAGACACGGUAUCUGGCCACUCCCCUCACUCGCCAAUCACGACUGUUUCCCCAACUCUACUCGGUUCUGUAUCGGUGAGAUGAUGUUUAUUCAUAGCGCUACGGCCAUCAAAGCCGGUCAAGAAAUAUUCCUCGGCUAUGUUCCACUAGACGCGCCCUACCCCGAUCGAAAAAAGACUUUAGACGCCUUCUCCAUACCCAAAUGUCAGUGUCGUCUAUGCGACUUGGAUCGUCAAGAGAGCCAAGAAGGAUUUGCUGAAAGAGCUCGACUUUCAGAACACAUGAAUGCCAACUACUCCAAAUACAUUCGUAACUUUGAUCCUACCAUCACACCCAAGAUGGUAGAACAUAUCCAAGCCAUGAAAAACACAUACAAAGAUCCAAAUCGUCCACUCCCCAUCGCUCUAUUCCAUCCAAUCACUGGACUCGGAUUACUACAUCAAGCAGAGUCCAAUGAAAAGGCACUCAAGACUUAUUUGGAGUGUCUUGCCAUUCUCGGAUGGAAAUCAUUUGAUGCAUCGGAAUUAAAACGUACACCAGCCAACUCUAAAAUAGCCAAUCAAACAACAACCAAAUUCCAAAUCAAGUGUCCUGAAUUCCCACUCUUCUACGCUGGCAUCGAUCUUUUCUUUCAUGUGGCUGAUCAUGCAUCCAAGCUUGGUUACACUCUUCUAGCCAGAAAAUCAAUUGCGCUCUCUCAUCUAUGUGCAAAUAUCUUUGAAGGUGUAUCAUCUCAAGAACAAGCAAUCAUUCAAAAAGCUAAAAGACUUGAUCCUCAUUUAUUAAGUUUUAAAGAUACAAUUGAAUUUAUUUAA